UGUUUACGCUAGAUCCAAUGAUCGCGACACCCCUAUAUCGCGGAAGGCAGAGAACCUCAUGCACGAUUUCUGUCAGUGAGCGAGUGUCUCUAUUCGUGUCCUUUCUCAACAAUGUCCGGUGAUGCCGAAGAGUUAGACUCCGGUUUCGAAGCGAUAUCGAGUCCCGAGAGUCCAGCGGUCGCCGCGAUGGCCAGAGACGCGGUUGUAGCGCCAGUGAAACCUAAAAGUGGACGUAGCGCUCUGGAAGACACGCUCGACGAUGAUGAUAUCGAGGAAACGAUAGGGGAACGACUAUGGGGUUUGACGGAGAUGUUCCCGGAGACAGUGAGGACUUUAACGUCGAAGUUGGUCCAUGGCACGCAAUCAGCAACUUGUGGUGCUUACGGCUUGUCGCGCACCAUUGUGUGGAUUUUCUUCAGCUCCGCGACUAUUCUGGCGGCCCCUGUCCUCUUCGAAGCCGAACGAGUUCAAGUCGAAGAAGUUUCGAAACAGCAACAGCGACAAAUUCUUCUUGGACCCUCAGCCGCCAUCCAAAAAUAGAAUUAGAGCGUCACCAGUAAUUAUCGAAGAUUAGGAACUCUGUGUGUGAGAACAUAUAGUUAUUGGUGUUGUGCUUCAUUGGAACGAAUGAGCGAGACCGUGCAACUAACAAUAAGAGAGGAUUCAUUCGAUCGAGGCUGGAAACUCUUUGAGUACUUUUGAGUCGUUGUAGAGGAGUCUGUACAAAUACAGCGAUUUUUAAGG